AUGGUCGUAGGAAGAUUGUUGCACUACGCAGGCGACGCUUUGCUCGUAUCUACAGUGCUGGCAGGCAUCAAGCGACAGACGGGUCUCCAACCGGACAUCGGUCGCAUCUCCGAGCCUACCACACGGGGCUUGCUCGAAAAGUACCUCGGGUUUGGCGAGUUUGUCUUUGAUAGCAGCAUUGCUGCUGCACGCGCCUCGUCGUUGUUCCAGACUAGCUUUGUGGACAAGUUGCAGGGCCGACCCAGCGCCUGA